AAGAUUUUCCUUUGUCUGUGUCUUGGUCGCAGCUCUAAAGUUUUCAAGACUUGGACUCUGGUAUUAUCAUUGGGCUCAGAGUAUCUACACAGAAGUGGUCUGCUUCCUCAUCCAAUGAACUCUGCCUGUGAGUGGAUGUGACACUCCAGUGGAAGGAAGCCAAGAGCCUAUAGUAGCGAUCCUGGGGAAAAUUUAAGCAGCUGUGGCCAUGUAAUUUAAAACCUCUGAAAAGUGUGCUGCAGUCCGUGCACAGAGUUAGUAUAACAUGAGGGCUGGAUGUAGCCCGUUCUCUGGAGGACUUCUUCGCCUGCCGCAGGAAAGAGAAGGCUGAAAGACAAACCUGGGUGCAGCCAGAAAGGUCCAGAUAGAUGAGCUUGUGGCAUCCGUUCCCCAAAUUCAGGGACACCAUCGCCGUACCUCACCUGGGUCUCCUUGUUCCCGAACUUCAUUAGUUAAAAUCACCCACACUUGGAUUUCAAAGGAAUACUUUCAUUGUUCCAUCUGUCACACCAAGUAAUUAGGGCCAGCUGGAUGUCAGGAUGCGUGUGGUUACCAUCAUAAUCCUGCUCUUCUUUUGCAAAGCCGCUGAGCUCCGCAGGGCAAGCCCCGGGGGUUCAAGAAACCCAGUGAGUCAUGGCCGGGCUGGUGGGAGCCGGAGAGGCUCCAACCCCGUCAAACGCUACGCACCAGGCCUCCCCUGUGAAGUGUACACGUAUCUUCACGAGAAAUACUUAGAUUGUCAAGAAAGAAAACUAGUUUAUGUGCUGCCCGGCUGGCCACAGGAUUUGCUGCACAUGCUCUUAGCAAGAAACAAAAUCCGCGUAUUGAAGAACAAGAUGUUUUCCAAGUUUAAAAAGCUGAAAACCUUGGAUCUCCAACAGAACGAGAUCUCCAAAAUUGAGAGUGAGGCUUUUUCUGGUUUAAACAAACUUACCACGCUCCUACUGCAGCACAAUAAGAUCACGGUCUUGACCGAGGAAGUGUUCAUUUAUACACCUCUCCUGAGCUACCUGCGUCUUUAUGACAAUCCCUGGCACUGUACUUGUGAGAUGGAGACGCUUAUUUCAAUGUUGCAGAUUCCAAGGAACCGAAAUCUGGGGAACUACGCCAAGUGUGAAAGCCCAUAUGAACUAAAAAAUAAAAAACUGAAGCAGGUAAAAUCUGAACAGUUAUGUAAUGAAGAAGAAAAGGAACAACUGGAUCCGAAACCCCAAGUGUCAGGGAAACCCCCCAUCAUCAAGCCUGAGGUGGACUCGACUGUUUGCCACAAUUACGUGUUUCCCAUACAGACACUGGACUGCCAAAGGAAAGAGCUGAAGAAAGUUCCAAACAAUAUCCCUCCAGAUAUUGUUAAACUUGACUUGUCACACAAUAAAAUCAGCCAACUUCGUCCCAAGGAAUUUGAAGAUGUUCAUGAGCUAAAGAAAUUAAACCUCAGCAGCAAUGGCAUUCAAUUCAUAGAUCCUGCUGCUUUUUUAGGACUCACACAUCUACAAGAGUUAGAUUUAUCAAACAACAGUCUGCAGAACUUUGACUAUGGAGUACUAGAAGACUUGUAUUUUUUGAAACUCUUGUGGCUCAGAGAUAAUCCUUGGAGAUGUGACUACAACAUCCACUACCUCUACUACUGGUUAAAGCACCACUACAACGUGCAAUAUAAUGGCCUGGAAUGCAAGAUGCCUGAAGAAUACAAAGGGUGGUUUGUGGGGAAAUAUGUCCGGAGUUACUAUGAAGAAUGCCCCAAGGACAAAUUACCAGCAUACCCUGAAACAUUUGACCAGGAUUCGGAAGAUGAUGAAUGGGAAAAAAUACAUAAGGAUUACACAGCAAAGAAGCAAAGUGUAAGAAUCACCAUUGUGGGAUAACUUAGUAAUUGUUCUGGUUGCAACUAGUUUUGUCUUUGCUAUACUGGUGUUGGAAAAUCGCAUGUUUACAUGUUGGAUUAACUGUGUUAUCUAUUUAUGCAGGAUUAUCCAGCUAAAGGAAGAUUCCCUUAAUUAUUGUAACAAUAUAGUAAUCAAGGGAAUACUCUCAUCCUGCUUGCCUGCCUGUUUGCAAAACAGCCACUGGUAAAUUGUGUUGGGUCCUAAUAAUGGCAUUAGAAUUUCAUAAGGUCCUGUAUAAAUGUUUUUACUGCUUUUGAAAAUAAUAAAAAAAACUGUUCAUUUUUA